AUGAGUCGUCCUCGCUUCUUCAAUGCUCCCCGAAAGGGUGAGAACUUUGAGCUGCGUGCAGACCUCAAUUCGGAAUACCGUGAUCGCAGAAAGGAUGCCAUCAAGCGUGUCAUUGCCAACAUGACUGUCGGAAAAGAUGUCAGCGGUCUCUUUCCAGAUGUGCUCAAAAACAUGCAGACCGAGGAUCUAGAGCAAAAGAAGCUCGUCUAUCUCUACCUCAUGAACUACGCAAAGACACAGCCCGAACUCGUCAUCCUCGCUGUCAACACGUUUGUCAAAGACUCGGAAGAUCCAAAUCCGCUCAUUCGUGCCCUUGCCAUUCGCACAAUGGGCUGUUUGCGCGCAGAAAAGAUCAUCGAUUACCUCUCGGAUCCACUCGAAAAGUCGCUACGCGACGAGAAUCCGUACGUGCGCAAGACGGCCGCCAUCUGCGUCGCCAAGCUCUACGAUCUCAAGCCCGAAUUGGCAAUCGAUCGAGGCUUUGUGGGCCUGCUCAAGGAUAUGGUCGGAGACAGCAAUCCCAUGGUCGUGGCCAACGCCGUCACUGCCUUGACCGACAUUCACCAGGCCGCACUUGAAAACGAUCCAACUGGCCAGUCAGCCGUAUUUGUUAUCGACCCGGACGUGCUCACCAAACUCCUCAUCGCGCUCAACGAAUGCACCGAAUGGGGUCGUAUCGCCAUCCUCAACUCGCUCGCGCGUUAUCGUGCUCGCGACGAAAAGCAAGCCGAACACAUCUGCGAACGCGUCAUGCCUCAAUUCCAACAUGCAAACGGCAGUGUUGUCCUCGGUGCCGUCAAGGUCGUUCUCAUCCACAUGGCAAAGGUGUGCAACAAUGACGAAUUGAUCAAGCAGCUCGUACGUAAGAUGGCGCCUCCCUUGGUCACCCUCAUCUCGUCCGCUCCCGAGGUGCAGUGGGUUGCGCUGCGAAACAUCAACCUCGUAUUGCAAAAGCGUCCCGACAUUCUGCAGAACGAGCUUCGUGUAUUUUUCUGCAAGUACAACGACCCAUCCUACGUCAAGCUCGAAAAGGUCGAGAUCAUGAUCAAGCUCGCCAACGAGCGCAACGUCGACAUGCUCCUGUCCGAGCUCAAAGAGUAUGCUUCUGAAGUGGAUGUCGAUUUUGUACGAAGAGCCAUUCGUGCCAUUGGCCAGUGCGCUAUCAAGAUCGACACCGCCGCGGAACGAUGUGUCCAUGUGCUGCUCGAUUUGAUCGCCACCAAGGUGAGCUAUGUUGUUCAGGAAGCCGUCGUCGUCAUCAAAGACAUCUUCCGCAAGUAUCCGCACAACUAUGAGGGUAUCAUUCCAACGCUCUGCUCCAAUCUCGAGGAGCUUGAUGAGCCCGAGGCGAAAGGAUCGCUUAUCUGGAUUCUUGGCGAGUACGCAGAUAAGAUCUCCAACGCCGAAGACUUGCUGGCGCAUUUUCUCGACUCGUUCACCGAUGAGCCCUACCAGGUGCAAUUUCAGACCCUCACUGCGAUUGUCAAGGCAUUCCUCAAGAAGCCCGAUAGCAGUCUAGCCCAACAGAUUGUGCAGCAGGUGUUGGAGAAGGCGACCAAGGAAUGCGAUUCGCCAGAUUUGCGCGAUCGUGCCUUUAUCUAUUGGCGUCUGCUUUCGUCAUCUGAUUCGGCUGCGGGGAGAAACGUCAUCCUGGCCUCACGUCCUCCCAUUUCGAUUCCGUUGACUACGGUACCACCAGCAGUGCUCGACGAGCUCGUCUCGGAGCUAUCGAGUCUCGCCAGUGCGUAUCACAAGCCAGCUGCGACGUUUAUCGGGAAAGCGAGGAUCGGUGCUGACGGGUUCAAGGGUCAAGGUGGUGAGGCAGAAGACGAUAUCACGCGUGAAAAGGCGCUGGCGACCGUGGUGCAGGGACAGAAGUCCGAGAAUCUGCUCGAUUUCGGUGACGACGAUGUCGACCUACCCGCUACUAACGCGGCAUCCGGCGCAGGUGCAGGCGCAUUGGGAGCGCUCGCAGGACUGGACGAACUGAUGAUGGGUGCUAGCAUUUCCACUCCGCCCAUGUCGACGAAUGGGAGCAGUGCAUCCCACACCGGCGCGACAUCGACAACCGCCGCCGGCGGUGGUGGACUAAACGAUCUACUCGGAUUGUUCGAUGCUGCACCCGGUGCCGAGCAACCUGGGGCUCAGAGCGGCAUGCAGGCCCUGCAAGCCUUGAAAGCUACCCCUGCUUCCCCUGUCAACAAUGCGUUUGGUUCGCCCGUCUUGGCUUCAACUGCUACUUCGGCAACAGCCAAAUCGGCACCUACUUCAGGGCAGGACGACUUGCUCGGGCUGUUUUAA